GUAAAUCGUAAAUCGCAAAGAAGGAAUUUGGAAUUUCCGGUUUCUUUCCCUUCCCUUGACUAGUAAAUUUCCGUCCAUUGUUUGUGCGACUCUACUGGGUAUCUCAUGUCUUGGUCCCUUAUUAGUACACAGCCAGCCCAUCCCUAGCUUGAUCUCCCCCUACGUCACGUCAACGAUCAAAUACCCAAUACCCAAUACCCAACACCCAAGACCCAAGACCCAAUACCUCCAAACGUCCUCAACUGCCUCCAUCUACCUUCCCUUCCCUUCCCUUCCCUGCCGUCCCUUCCCUCCCCUUCUCUCUUCCUUCCCGUCCCUUCUGCAACUCGUCCGUCCUUUGCCCUCAUUUAAUCAUCAUGUCUACCAUCGGCACAAACUCUGCAAUUCCUGCCCCCGCGCAAUCAUACACUGAUCGAGGUUACGGCGCUGCAAGUACCCCACGAGCACAUCCACAAUCUCAAAUCAUCAACGGAGGAGGCUCUGCAGUACUAGAUUACGCUCCAAACGAUCACGAUCCUCACAAUCCAAAUAAUCCAAAUUCAAACGGGAGAUUCAACGAGGAGUGGGAUGCGAGUCAACGAGGAAGCUCAAUAAUAGAGGGCAACAUGCACCGAUCACACUCAGUCAUGUCGCAAGGCGAUACCUUGAUUCCGUCAAGAGGGGGAACGCUGAAAAAGAAAUCUUCAUUGAAGAGAAGUGGUAGUAGACGGAGUUCCAGGGCUGGGAGCGUUCGCAGUUUGGUUGUUCAUCCACAAGGCGAUAUCGACGAGGCCCAUAGUGCUUUCUAUUCUCCAGUACCCACAAGCGGAAAUCCCACGGAUAUUUUAGCAAACCGAUUUCAAGCUUGGCGUAAAGUCCUCAAGGACCUUAUCGUUUAUUUCAAAGAAAUCCAAAGCCAAUAUGAGCACAGAUCAAAGAGUCUUUUGAAGGUCUCGAAUGUUAUUAACAAUACCACGGCGCCCGCUGUAUUUUUACCUACGGGUGGAAUUGAUGAUGCCCUCCGAAUUCUUCGCAACUAUCAUAAAUCCGCAAUCGCAGAGGCAAACAAGUCUAGAGAUAUCGAGCAAGAUGUGAUUCUUGCCUUGACCGGCUUGCGUAGCGAUUUGCAACAGAAAAUCAAGGAGAUCAAGGGCUUAUCAGGCGACUUUAAAAAUUCCGUGGAUAAGGAGAUGGAAGCUACUCGAAAGGCUGUGGCCGCAUUGCAGGAUGGCUUGGGUCAAUCAGACAUUGACCCUUCUCAAAUGACGGGCAAGCACGAUCCAUACUUGCUCAGACUAGCAGUGGAUCGUCAGGUUGAAAAGCAGAUCGAUGAGGAGAAUUACCUUCACCAGGCAUAUCUCAAUUUGGAAGCCUCUGGGCGUGAACUCGAAGCUAUCGUAGUGGGCGAGAUCCAAAAGUCUUAUAAUGCGCUCGCAGGUAUAUUGAAGCGCGAGGCAGACGGUGCCUAUAGCGCGGUAGACGAAUUACGCACGGGUCCGAUUGCCAUGCCAAAAGAUCAUGAGUGGACCGCAUUUGUCGAAAAUGAUGAACAUUUCAUCGAUCCAAAGGUUCCUAUUCGAACACCAGAGAUUAUAAGAUAUCCUGGACAGGAUAACGAGCUUGCUGGGUGCAUUAGAGAGGGUCUCCUUGAGAGAAAGUCCAAGUUCCUAAAGUCUUACACUGCUGGCUGGUACGUCCUUUCUCCUACUCACUUGCAUGAGUUUCGCUCUGCGGAUAAACUCGGAGCGCCAAUCAUGUCUCUCUAUCUUCCCGAGCAAAAACUCGGCUCUCACUCAAAUGAGGGAGGAUCCUCAAACAAAUUCAUACUCAAAGGCCGUCAAACUGGAGCACUACAUCGCGGACACUCUUGGGUUUUUAGAGCGGAAACACGUGAUACUCUACUCGCUUGGUACGAGGACAUCAAGACUUUGACGGAAAAGUCUCCACAAGAACGUAAUGCGUUUGUGCGUCAGCAUGCCCGCAGCGUUAGUGGUACAUCACAACGAGCUGGUUCCAUCAGCAGCGACGGUGUUAUGGACGAGGAGGACGAAGAACCAUUUUCGGCACAUACAUCAGCCGUUGUAGGCACUCAAGGACUCAAACAAGAACAAAAGCGUCCUGAACCAGGUGGGAGAUUUCCAUCAGAUUUACAAAUUAAUGCGACGCGUGGCUUACAGGCUCCUCUUUCGCCUUCUAGCGGAAGCUCCAAUUUUGGAGGUGAAGCAGAUGAUGCAGUGAUUACCGCUGCAGCUCUUCCCGCAAGUGGUGUUGGCCAUCACUAUGGAGAAGACCCUGGCCACGCGUCGCCGACACACGCACAGAUGAUAAAUCAAGCUGCUGAAGAAGAUGGUGUGAACCCUUAUACUUACGAACCCAUUCAGAAUAUGAACACUACGCGUAAUAAUCAACAUCAUGAGUUACCUACCACUGCCGCUACUGCAGGCUUAGGCGGCGCCGCUUUGGGCAUAGCAGGCACAGCCGCAUACCACGAUCACCAGCUUCAGAAAGAACGCGAGCGAGCAGACAUGGAAGCGGCAAUGAUAGCCGCCCCUGACACGGACCAACUCCGAGAACAAGCAGAUAUGGAAGCAGCUAUGAUUGCAGCACCCGACGAUCAUAUAUAUGACGACGAAGCACAACAACAAACCGACCUGGAAGCCACGGCCAUUGCUGCACCCGAUACGCAGAUGUCCGGAGGACGUAGCCAGGGCGAUAUUAGCGCGGCCCCUUGGUUUGACGAAGCAGGGGAGACUGCGGCUAUAUCGACAGUAGCGGCUGCAGCGGCUGUCUCAACUGCCACAAACACAACGGAACCAAGGUCAAUGGAGGCACUCCUCGAUCCACUCGCUAAGGACCUCGAACGUCCAACUUUGGCUGCUGGGCAAAAUCAUCAAAGCGUCCAGAGCAUCAGCCAAUUGCAUGUCCCUGGAGAAUUCCCCAUGACUAGAACAGACACAGAAAGUUCUUUAGGUAACGAAAUUGUCUAGAGUGGGUCCUUUUUUUUCUUAUUGGUAGGACAGGAUCGAAUGGGAAUUGGGAACGGCAAAGGGAAAGAAACAAAGAAUUUUGGAAGUAUUCUGUAUUUACGCGUAUGGGCUGGUUGCGUUGGCGGGUUCUGCGGUAAAAAGGGAUGGAAUGGAAUGGUUGGGAUUGGAUGGCUAAGGAGGAGGGAAACUAGGUUAUAAGACUUGGGAUUGAGGAAUUGUCAUCAAGGUCAUGGUGGAGAAGGUAUGGAUGGAUGGGUUUGAUAAGAUCUCCGCGAUACUUUUGCUUGUGGAAUCUGGGAUUGAAUGCAAUGCAAUGCGAUGAAAUGAUCUCUUUUGUGGAUUUACUAUUGGCUACUUAGGUAUUGCCGAGUAGAUAUGUCCUGAAUAUGAAAACAUUAGUUUUA